AUGAGCCCGGGGCCCUCCCGGGGGGCCCCUGGGGCCCCCCGGGGGGGAGGCUUGGGGGGCCCCCAACACGGGGGGGUGGUUGGCAGCAGCACACCCCAGGGGGGCCCCCCGAGGGGCCCCCAGGGGCCCCAGGAGGCCUGGAGAAGCCCAGGAUUUUUGCUGAAACAGCUCAAGACGGAAAAGCUGGGAGAAGAGGCAGGGGGGGCCCCCCAGCGCAGACAAGGGGGGGCCCCGGGGGCCCCCGGGGCCCCUGGGGCCUCGGGGGCCCCGGGGGCCCCUAAAAGGGUCCUGCCGCUGCAGCAAAAGGGGCCCCUUGAGAUGGUGGACCUGACAAAGAGCUCCGAGAGUUCUGGGGGGGAAGAGGGCCCCCAAAGGGUCACAGCUGCACCUAAACGGGGGCCCCCCGCCAGGGCCCGGGGGGCCCCCCGGGGGGCCCCCUCCAAGCCACGGGGGGGCCCCCAGGAGGGGCCCCCGCUGCCUGCUGCAGUUUAUUCUGUCGACGAGCCCUCUUUGGCCUCGGAGGAGACUGCAGCAGACGAGGGGCCCCCUGGACUUCUUGGGGCCCCCCCUCAGAAGCGGGGGCCCCCAGAGGACCCCUUUGGGGGCCCCCAGGAUGAAGAGCCUCUGCAGCCUUCGGGGCCCUCUGCAGCCUCUAGGGGCCCCCCGGACCCUCUUGGGGGCCCCCCUUUAGUACCCUCGGGGGGCCCCCCGUGCUGUUCAUCUUUAGAAGGCAGCACUUCUCCUAAACCCGCAAACAAAAGAAAAACCCAAAAGAGGCACAGGGGGGCCCCCAGGGGCCCCCUCGAGACGUCCACAAGUGACCCCCAGGGGCCCCCCCAGGGGACCUCCCAGGGGGCCCCCCAGGGGGCCCCCAAGGGGGCCCCCCAGGGGGGCCCCCAGGGGGCCCCCAAGGGGGCCCCCCUUGGGAGGCUUGAAGGGAAUGCUUCUGGAAGUAGUGCCGGCCUGCCUCAAGACAGAGCUGCUGCUGCUUCUGCAGCAGCAGCAGCAGCAGCAGCUGCUGCUGCUGCUGCUGCUUCAACCCCUGAGAGAAAUGAAGGGGGGCCCCCUUCUAGCGGUGCGAAUGGAGGGGGGCCCCCCUCUAGUGGAGGAAAUGGCCAGGGGAAGUCUGCAAUUGCAAAGGCCAUUUUUGUGUGUUGUGGGGCGGAGAGGGGGGCCCCCCGUGGGGGCAGUACCCUGGGGCCCGAGGGCGUGGGGCCCUGGGGGGCCCCCCCGGAGGGGGCCCCCAAGGGGGCCCCCAGCGGGGCCCCCAGCAGCCUUUUGCGCAGCGCAGAAAAGCCCCGCCUCUUUGAAUACAUUAGGGAAUACUGGAGCGACCAGGGGCCCUCUAAAGCUGUCAUUUCCCUGACCUUUUCGAACUUCUCUUCAGCGGGCCUUUCGGCCCCAGGGGGCCCCCAGCCAGGGGCCCCCCCCAGCGAGGGGGCCCCCGGGGGCCCCCUCCUGGGGCCGUCGUCCCCGGGGGCCCCCACGGGGAGCUCCCCGGGGGUCCCCCUUGGGGCCCCCCCUUGGGGCCCCCCUGGGGGCCCCCCAGGGGGGCCCCCCGGGGGCCCCCCUGGGGGCUUGCAGCGGGUAAAGGAAGAGGGAGAGGGCCUCGUAAGUCGAGUGUCUUUGCUGACAGGAGAUGCAUUUGUUCCCUUAGACAAAGCUUAUUGUCAUGGAGUUUUUGGAGACUAUUUGACAUUAUCUCGAGAAAUUGUGAAGAAGCGCAGCAGCCGCAAGCAGCAGCAGCAGCAGCAGCAGCAGCAGCAGCAGCAGCAGCAGCAGGAGCAGCAGGAGGGGGAGGAGGGCGAGUGGGGCACGGGCAGCAGCAGCUGUUAA